AUGUCCACAACCAACACAUUCACGCACACGUCGCUGUACGCCCUCCCCUCCAAAUCUGCCCUCCGGGCUGAAUUUGUGGGUAAGAAGAUCGAUCAGCUGAGAACACCUGCGCUGGUGGUAGAUAGAAGCAGGUUCAAGAGCAAUUGCGAGGAGGUGACGGCUGAAGCUAAGAAGAGGGGAAUGCUAUUCAGGGCGCAUGUCAAGACACACAAGACAACAGAAGGAACGAGACUCCAGGUACAAGCUGCUGGCGGAGUGAAGGCCACGAUCUGCUCGACUAUGAUCGAACUUUGGAAAAUCAUUGAAGAUGGUUUGGUUGAAGAGGGAUUGGUGGAUGAUAUCCUCUACUCCAUGCCUGUCGGUGAAGACAAGAUAUCCGAUCUGAAUCUCGCGCAGGACAAAAUCGGUUCCAAGGGAGUCAUCCGAUUGAUGGUAGAUCACCCGGAACAAAUCAGACUGUUGACUAACUUCAAUGAGCAAGAAGGUAGGAAGCAGAAAUGGAGUGUCUUUGUGAAAGUAGAUGGAGGUGGUAGACGAGCAGGAGUCCCACCCACAAGUCACCAAUUGAAAGAUAUAAUUCAAGCUGUCUUAUCAGCCGAACAAGUCGAGAUAUUCGGUUUUUAUUCCCACUUUGGUCAGUCCUACGCCUCUGACACGCUGAAAAAGGGUUCAUCCUAUUUCGAAGGCGAGAUCGACUGUGUCCAGUCAGCAGCGAAGGUAGCGAGGGAAUUGGGGUGUAAAGGUGAUUGGAUUUUGUCCGUCGGUGCGACUCCCACUGCCCACGCGGCCGUACAGGAGGUUGAGAAGGCUCAUAAUGGUUUGGAAGGCAGGUUGGAACUUCACGCGGGAUGUUAUUGCAUGUGCGAUCUGCAACAACACGCUACCUCACUCGUCCCCGACUCUCACCUCGCUCUGACAGUAGUCUCGAAAGUCGUUUCAGUAUACCCUCAUAGGAAAGAAGCAAUGUGCGAUUGUGGAGCAUUGGGCGUCUCCAAGGAUACAGGUCGAUAUCCAGGUUAUGGUCGUCUAGUGUCUCCUGAACGAGCGGUCGGUAAAUGGGAUCUAGGUAGGAUAUCUCAAGAGCAUGGUACACUUGUACACCGACCGGAUCUACCAGAAGGGGAGUUUGUAGAAGGAAAAGAUGAAUUGAAAGUAGGUGAGACCGUCAGGUUGGUCCCUCAACAUGCUUGUUUGGUUUGUGCGGGGUAUCCGUGGAUGUACGUCGUGGAUGAAGAGCAAGGAAAGGGAGAGGAGGUGGUGGAUGUUUGGGUACCUUGGAAAGGGUGGUAG